AACCCCUUGGAGGCGCCUGAUGCCCAGUUAACACUUUCCGUGUCUUUCCUUAUUGGGUGACCUUGAUGGUGAGCUUGGAACAGCUGCAGCCGUGCGAGCAGACAGGAGCAUUUUCAGGGGAAGGGGUGGGGCGCUUGCCUCUCUACAAUUCUCUCACCCUGUAUGAGCAGUGAGAUCGGCAAACCUUAACCCAUUUCCGCCACCCCGGCCUGGGCUUCCUCUGCUGCCCGUUCCUGGGCUUCUGAUUACCCUCCUACCCUUUCUUCCAACACCCUUUUCCGAACGCCCUCCCCCAACCCUGGUGGAGAAGCUUGACCUUGGGAUGUCCUUGAGGCUUUGGAGCCUGGGCCAGCCCUGGGACUUUGGGUGGAUUGGAAGGCCCUGGCAGUCAGAAGAUCUGGGUUCUAAUCUCAGCUCUGGCUCUUGUGCUGUGUGACUUGAAUCACAGAACUUUCCCUUCUCCGGGUCCUUGGGUUGGGCCCUCUGCCUACAUACCCCCUCUAAAUUCUAAAUUACUCCGGUUCGGUUCUGCUUCUAGGCAAGGUGACCCCAUGGCAGAGCGCAAGCCAGAAGGGUCCGGCUUCUACAUGACCCGUCUGUCCAUGGCUCUGGCCUAUUGCAUUGCCCCAGAUGCCAGUACGCCACCCCACCCACAGCUGGGAAACACCCAGCAACAGACAGUGUUAGGAAAGGAACUGACCGGCACCAUGCCCUACCAAUACCCAGCGCUGACCCCGGAGCAGAAGAAGGAGCUUUCCGACAUCGCUCACCGCAUCGUGGCUCCGGGCAAGGGCAUCCUGGCUGCAGAUGAGUCCACUGGGAGCAUCGCCAAGCGGCUGCAGUCCAUCGGCACUGAGAACACAGAGGAGAACCGGCGCUUCUACCGACAGCUGCUGCUGACCGCCGACGACCGCGUGAACCCCUGCAUCGGGGGCGUCAUCCUCUUCCACGAGACGCUCUACCAGAAGACAGAUGAUGGGCGUCCCUUCCCCCAAGUUAUCAAAUCCAAGGGCGGUGUUGUGGGCAUCAAGGUGGACAAGGGCGUGGUACCCCUGGCAGGAACAAAUGGCGAGACUACCACCCAAGGGCUGGAUGGGCUGUCUGAGCGCUGUGCCCAAUACAAGAAGGAUGGAGCUGACUUUGCCAAGUGGCGCUGCGUCCUGAAGAUUGGGGAACACACCCCCUCAGCCCUUGCCAUCAUGGAAAAUGCCAACGUUCUGGCCCGUUACGCCAGCAUCUGCCAGCAGAAUGGCAUCGUGCCCAUCGUGGAGCCUGAGAUCCUCCCUGAUGGGGACCAUGACUUGAAGCGCUGUCAGUAUGUAACCGAGAAGGUGCUGGCUGCCGUCUACAAGGCUCUGAGUGACCACCACAUCUACCUGGAAGGCACUUUGCUGAAGCCCAACAUGGUAACCCCAGGCCACGCCUGCACCCAGAAAUAUUCUCACGAGGAAAUCGCCAUGGCAACUGUCACAGCCCUGCGCCGCACAGUGCCCCCCGCUGUCACUGGGAUCACUUUCCUAUCUGGAGGCCAGAGUGAGGAGGAGGCAUCCAUCAACCUCAACGCCAUCAACAAGUGCCCCCUGCUGAAGCCGUGGGCCCUGACCUUCUCCUAUGGCCGAGCCCUGCAGGCUUCUGCCCUGAAGGCCUGGGGUGGAAAGAAGGAGAACCUGAAGGCUGCCCAGGAGGAGUAUGUCAAGCGAGCCCUGGCCAACAGCCUCGCCUGCCAAGGAAAGUACACCUCCAGUGGUCAGGCCGGGGCUGCAGCCAGCGAGUCCCUCUUCAUCUCUAACCAUGCCUACUAAGCGGAGGUGUUCUAAGGCUGCCCCCUCAACACUCCAGCCCCUGCCCCCUCCCACACUCACUCUUGAAGAGGGGGCCUCACCGGGGCUCCAGGCUGCUCUUUCCCAUCACUUUGCCUCCCACGUGACAUUGGUGUGUGGUGUUGUCUGUAUAUGCUAAUUCCAUCUCUUUCCAGCCCACUGCCAAUAAACAACUAUUUAAGGGGGA